ACAGCGCAGACUCUCCUGAGAACAGGCACGGAGUUCCUCGCUCUGCGGGCUGGACCUUGCUUUGAAACGGGUCACAUUAGACGCUGGACCUGCGGAGCGGAGUGGAGUAAUGAGCCUUUAUAGCAGCCGAGUGCAGCAGCUGGGCGGAAGCCCGCCGACACUGAGUCUCUCUAAUUCCUCCCUGAUAUACCUGUAUGGAAAUGACAGCAGGGGCAUUCUCCCCGCUCUGGGAUUCACCCCCGGUCGUCAGGAGCCUCCGCAGAAGCCGCCCUACAGCUACAUAGCACUCAUCGCCAUGGCCAUCAAGAGCGCGCCGGAACAGCGCGCAACCCUCAGCGGCAUCUACCAGUUUAUAAUGGAGCGGUUCCCUUUCUACCACGACAACAAGCAGGGCUGGCAGAACUCUAUUCGCCACAAUCUCUCCCUCAACGACUGCUUCAUUAAGGUUCCCAGAGAGAAGGGCAGGCCCGGGAAAGGUAGCUACUGGACCCUGGAUACCAAAUGCCUGGACAUGUUCGAGAACGGUAACUACAGGCGCAGGAAGAGGAAAUCCAAGUCCCAGGAGUCGCGCGAAGCCAAAACUCGCUACAAGAAGAACAAUGGACAUGCGUCUGUCUCCUCUCCUAGUCUCAAACCUGCUGCUAACCUCCUUAUUGCAACGGCGACAGACUUGGAGAGGCAACCGCGGCAGAAUGAUCAAUAUGGUGCGGAUAUGAAACCUGCUCUAUCCGAGAUUAGUAAGAAUCGGGUGCAGAUGUGCACGAAUGAUCUGUACCCGUCGCCGGGAGCGCAUAACUCUUGUCCCCCAUCCCUUACUCCCGCGGAGGACUGGUGCAGGUCCUGUUUAUCCAUCCCGCCAUGUGGUCCAAAGUCCCAGUCGCUCGAGAAGGUCGCCAUUUCCUGUGAGGACACUGCGCAUUCCGUGGGCAGCCCUGCGUUUAGCGUGGCAGCGAACUCACUCGACAGAUCGAGCAGGCAGAAGGGAAUGAUACAAGGUAGCGUUGCGAAAACCACCGACAGGGCGAAGGGUUUUAGCAUAGACAGUAUCCUGUCGAGAAAGGGUACCCAAAGCUCCUAUAGAGGAAUUGCUGACAUGCCUACGCGAGGCUUGGAGACUGACAGCUCAGCGUUCAGUGCGUCAAUGAUACUGGGAGCGCGCGCGCCCCAGCUGUAUCACAUGGGAUUCCCUCUUUGCCCUUACCUGUCGUUCCCGUGUCCGGAGAAAGUCUUGCACUUCCAGUGAGAUUAUUUAAAAAGUGAUCACGAAAGCUCAUUCUUCGGGUCCUGUUAAUGACUUUAACCGACUUUCUGUCGCGGUUGCAGAUGGUAAGAAUGGUUUACCGCACAAUUAUUCUGUGUGGCCAAUAAACUGACUGUCAUCUAUCAUUAGGCUAUACAUUUUCAGGUCAUAUUUUCCUCGGAGUUUAAAACUAUAUUGUAUGAACUCGAUCUCCACUGCAGUCUUCGUCAGUGCUCGUGUCAGAACUCUGCUCACUCUUGAAUUCUAUACGGAUCUGUGUAUUUGUUUAAGUGUGACUGAGAACUGUUAACAGUCUUCAGCCUAUAGCCCAAAUGACACUUCUCUACAAUUCAGUACGAACAAAUCUUAUAUUGCAAUGACAUUGAAAUGUGUUCGAAAUAAAAUACGUUACCGCCCAAAAACAGAAAGUCAAAUGCAUAAAAUAUGGACAAGCACAUUGCUGGGUAAUUUAGGAAAGACAACGAAGCGUAUCUGUAAUAUGUUCUAGUCGUUUUAAUGUUGGAGUACACGUUUGUUUGCUAAAAUGAAACGAGCCACUACACGGCGUAUAGGAGUGUUUAGACUUUAACUGUUGCAACAAAAAAAAAAGUUUAGCAUAUCAUCCUGUCAGUAACGCAUCAUCAUAAAGAUGAGGGCCAUCAGCCCCCUAACUGAAGCCCGCACUAUUGUCCACGCGACUCCACUUUCCGUACCAUAAUUUAUAAAGUCCAGCUGGGGCGCGAGGGCCCUUUUCCCCUUCCUCUAAAAAAAAAACCUACCAGCACGUAGGACAGGGCAGGCUGCGUGACGUUGAUGCGGGGGCUGAAAACCACGUAUGUAAAACAAAAGCACAGUUGGGGAGCAGCUGGCGACAAACUGUUCACUAGUCCUGCGCGUAUCCACCAUCCAGACUGUCUUCUGUUUGGAUGACCAUUGCUGAAGGUUCAGUUAUUCUAUUUUCCCCAUGUUCGUCCCUAUAAAUGUGGUGAAGUUGGAUAAGGCAGUGAUGACUGUAUCUAGAUAGAUAUGCAAAGAUUAGGCGACGACCAACUGCACAUUUACCUAUUCAGGAAUGUAAAAUUUCAGGAAACACAAUUAUUAUGACGGUCGUUAUUGUGACCGUUAUGUGUUGUCUGCACGUUUAUUAUGAUAGUGAUAUGAUC